AUGGGUUUUAAAGAUUUGCCACUGGAUAAGCAAGACAUAAAUAAACAACACCAGAAACUGAAGCUGAAGAUGUCUGGAGGUCUAUCAUUCGACAAUUAUCAGAGGAAUCUGCACCUUGCGCAAAAGAGUCAUAAACAACCCAAUGCAACCUCUACAGGUACCACAAUUGUUGGGGUAAAAUUCAAUGGAGGGGUGAUUAUUGCAGCAGACACAAGAUCUACACAAGGUCCUAUCGUCGCUGAUAAGAAUUGUGAAAAGUUGCAUCGUAUUGCUCCUAAAAUCUGGUGUGCUGGUGCUGGUACUGCCGCUGAUACGGAAGCUGUGACGCAGUUGAUUUCUUCAAAUAUUGAAUUACAUUCUCUAUAUACCGGAAGGGAGCCUCGUGUUGUGUCAUCGUUGCAGAUGCUUAAACAACACUUAUUCAAAUACCAAGGUCACAUUGGUGCUUACUUGAUUGUUGCUGGGGUGGAUCCUACCGGCGCUCAUUUGUUCUCAAUCCAUGCUCAUGGUUCUACUGACGUCGGAUACUACCAGUCCCUUGGGUCUGGGUCAUUAGCGGCCAUGGCGGUUUUAGAAUCUAGUUGGAAACCAGAUAUGACAAAAGAUGAAGCCAUUAAGCUUGCAUCUGACGCAAUUGAAGCUGGUAUUUGGAACGAUUUAGGUUCUGGUUCAAAUGUUGAUAUUUGUGUCAUGGAAGUCGGUAAGGAUGCCCAAUUGUUAAGAAACUAUUUGACUCCGAACGUAAGAGAACCAAAACAACAAUCAUACAAAUUUGCCCGUGGUACUACUGGUGUUCUCAAGGAGUCUAUCGUAAGUAUUUGCGAUGUAGAGGAGCAGGCUGUUGAUAUUACAGUUUAG